AAGCACAACACCACUACAUCGUAUUGUUGCUUUGAUAUCACUGUAUUACAACUUUGUUGAAUAGAACUCGAAACUAUUUACGAUAUCUCGCGCGUAUUGGUUAACUCGAAAUUUUACCUGAAUAAACUUCCCAUCCAUUUCACCAUAAAAUUCUCUUCUUCCCCAUCCAUCUUUCAAACACAAACUAACAUCCACUCUUCAAGGCAGAGGGAAAUCAACAACAACCUUCAAUGACGACCCUUUCCUUCCCGCCUUUCUUCUCACCGUUCCCUUCUUUUUCUCAACCCAAACCAUUUGUCUCCUCCCUCCUUUCUCGCCAUUCCUUUUGCCGACCCCUCCUCCUCCUGCAAACCCCAACACCCUCCGCCAUUGACGAUCACCAAACGAACAAACAUUAGAAAAAUUUAAAUACCUUCAGUGAACCAUAAACACAAAGCCAAACGCAAUAUCAAGAAGAAGGAGGAAAAAAGAAAUGGGUCGUGUAAAGCUUCAGAUCAAGAGGAUAGAGAACAUCACGAAUCGGCAGGUCACGUUCUCCAAGCGACGAAAUGGCCUCAUCAAGAAAGCUUACGAGCUCGCCAUUCUGUGCGACAUCGACAUCGCUCUCAUCAUGUUCUCCCCUUCCGGCCGCCUCAGCCAUUUCUCUGGCAAGCGAAGGAAUCGAAGAUGUGGUUGCUCGCUACAUAAACCUCCCGGACCAUGAUCGAGAAUGUGAAGUGAUGGAUCGUGAGCAUUUGCUCAAAAUUCUCAAGAAGCUCAGGACCGACAACGACAUGGCCCUUCAAGCUACAAACCCAGAGGCAACAAACUCAAACAUUGAGGAGCUGCAGCAAGAAGUCUGCAAUUUACAGCACCAGAUACGAGCAGCAGAGGACGAAUUGAACCUAUACGAGCCAGACCUUACGAAGUUCUCGUCGAUCGGGGAGCUAGAGUCCUGCGAGAAGAACCUCUUGGAGAAAAUGGCCCUUCUAGAGGAGCGCAAGAAGUAUCUGCUGAGCAACCAUGUCUCCACUUACGACCCUGCAAGCAUGCAGAUCUACUUAGAUGCGCAAGAGGGUCUACCGAAUUUCGACAACGACCUCGCGAAUUGGCUGCCAGCUGACAAUGGUGGGCACAACCAGCAGAACUCUGUUCAUCAUGUAGUCUCAGAGUCAUCCUGCAUUCCUGUCAGCAACCAGUCAUCCACCUCGAUAUUUGAAGCACUGUCACAAGGGAAUGCAAAUGUUGGGGAUCCUUGUAACAACAUUGGAGGAGGAGGAGAGAACCAUAUGAACAACAACAACAACAAUAACAGUAAUAACAACAAUGAGAGCAUCUCAUCAUGGCAGCAAGCUUUCUCAUCGAUUUCGCCGACGGAGCUUCUUGCUGGCUUCUUGCCUCCUACUUCUUUUGCUCCCACUAUUAAGCAGCAAGAGGUGGAAGGGCCGAGCUACACAUCAAUGCUGCAUCAGCAGCAAGCUCAUGAGGCUCAAUCAAACCGUGAGAUUCGAUAACGUGCCAUCCUUUCAUCUCCCCUGCAAUUUGGAGGGCUUCCUUCCAUUCAUUCACAACUUCUGAGCUGUGUUUAUGAGAGUGUUGUUCAAAGGCUUGUUGAUAAGGACCCUGUUGAUUCCUCACAUCUCUCGGGUCCACGAAGUAGAAAAUUGGGAGGAUGAGGUGUCUCUCAUCUUGCUUCCAGCACUCCACCAUUCGAGCCAAUUCCAGAAGGCACCAUUUGCUGGAAGCGUACUGUUCGGUGAAAAUCGGGAUGUAGAUCUUGGACUCGGGGAUGGCCCGAACAAGGGAAGGGCGCGGUCCCUUCUCCCUUUCGGAGCUCUUCCUCGUCCCUAAACGUGCGGAUUUCGGCGCGCACUAGCGAGGUGUACAGAUGAUCGGCAAACGUGUUGCGGACGUCGGGGCCUCUGAAGCUCAGGAAAACUUCGUACUCGCCUGCUGGGAGAAGAGGCGAGGAAGCAGCAGCAGCACCACCGGGAGAAGUGGCGCAUUCCAUUGUUUCGAUCUUCGCUGCGGAUCGACGAGCAGCCGAUUCUCGCCGGAGGAGCUCGGCGCACUCAGCCUGGAUGUUUGGAUUUUUUGGCCGGGAUGUCUCAAGUCAACGCAAAGGGGGGAGAAGUUGCCCAGAACUUGGCAGCCGACAUUGCUAGAUUCACAGAUAGCUGGCUGGCGCCAGGGGGCGGUGAAUUUAAAAUUACUAAAUUAGCCAUGCGCCGAAAAUAGGUUCCUUGGG